AUGUUUAAGCCACCUGUUGGCUUGCAACAGGCCUCUUCACGUUCAGCCGUCCAUUCUACUCCUUCGGGUCUAUAUUGUUUCCAAGAGUUUGUGUGCGGCAUUUCCUUCUGUCCCGCGGAAAUCGUCUGUGACUCUCCAACUGUGAGCAGCCAUUCAGUGCUUUUGACACCACUGACAUGCAAAUCCGAAUCGAAUACCAACAAGGCCAGAUACAAAGAACUCUAUUCGAAGGCUGGUCGCAAGCUCGACGGUAAACCACGAUGUUCUCGAUUCAGUUUGAAUGCGAUAAACAUCGAUAUUUGUAAUUUUAUUUUCGUUGGGAAGUUAACCCAGAAAACCCAGACUUCAAAGUAA